GGUAAGAGUAAUCCCUAAAACCCCAAAACAAGCAAAUAUUCACUCUUUUCACUGGCGAGCACUGAACCCUCAAUUUUCCCCCAAAUUGCUUCCUCCAUUGCAAUUUACUCACUAUUCCUAAACGCCUCUGGGUGCCAAUCACGCCUCUGCAGAGCAAAAUGGUCACAGAGGUUGGGCAUGCUUCAACAGAUAUUCAGACGACUGUAACAGCUCCUCCACCCACUGCAUCGACAAGCGGCCCAAAGACGUCUAUGUUUGCAAAAAGAUCAGGAUUUGUUAUUCCAAAGAACAAGCUAUCAGGUUCAUUGGUUCCUGUGUUUAGAGGAUCUAAAAAGAGAGAUGCUGAUAUGAUCAAUGAGGAAGCUACUAAGAAAGUGCAGAGGAAAACCAAAUGGGGGCCUGAUCUAACCAUGGAUACCACUGUCAGGAAAGGGAGAGCCUUGGCAUAUCAGACUCGGAUUGAUCAAAUAUCUCAAUUACUGACUUUUGGGGUGCUGGAACUUGAGCAUAGUGAAGAUUCAUUUGCUACAUCAGAAUCUCACCAUUGGAAGACAUCAGAACAUCAGCUUAGCCGUGAGGAAUCGGAACAGCUGGAAUUUGAAAAGCGUGAAAUUAUAGGUGAAAUACUAAAAUUAAAUCCAGCAUUCAAGCCUCCUACCGAUUACAAACCUCUGCUGAAAGAGGCAAAAGUUACAAUUCCCAUUAAUGAACAUCCAAAUUACAAUUUCAUUGGUUUAGUAUUUGGCCCGUUAAGUGAUACUCAAAAGCGACUGGAGAAGGAAACAGGAACCAAAAUUCAAGUUUAUGGCACAAAGGCGGAUGCAGGAGGACCGGUUGAAAUUACUUCUGAUGAGAAAGAAAUAGACAAUGCUUAUGAAGAUAUGUAUGUAAACAUAGCAGCAGACACACAUGAGAAAGUUGAUUCUGCAGUGGCUUUAAUUGAACUGUUAAUCACCUCAGUUUCGAUGAAACCGGUGUCUUCUUCAACAACAUCAACUGUAGCUCUUGCUGAUAAUACGAAUACUAAUCAAACUCAGAGCAUACUGACUUCUACUGUGACACCUGCGCUGACGAACCAAGGAACGCCUCAGCUAUUUCCUGGUUCUUUACCGCUUCCUCAAGGCCAGUUUCCACAAUAUCCUCAAACCUGGUUUCCUGUAGGUCCAACUCAAGCUCCAACUUAUCGGCACUCUGGAUUUGUCAACCCUUCAAAUGCUUCUGCAGCAUUUCUCAAUAACACUGGCCAGGUAUCUUCCUCGCCCUUGAAUCACUCAAACGUGCCCACAUUGUUUGGUCCACGACCAGUCAUCCCUGCAAGUUUUAGUCCGGUCCCGCAAAAUCCUUCAGCCCCUACAUCUGGAACUCAGUCCACCUAUCUGCAACAGCCACCCUCACAUGCUCAAACUGGUGGACCUCAGCCCCCAUACAUGCACCAGGCACCCCCAUCAACCGGGUGGCCCGGACCUCCCCACAACCUUCCACUAACAUCCAGGCCACCUUUCUCUGCUAGUGAAUCCUCCAGAUGGUUACCUUCACCGGUGAGCACUUCAGCAUCUCAAGGUCCAGCCAACAUUAUGCAAGGACCACCAGUGAAUCACCCCAAUGAUAUGAUUUCGCCUCUAUCUACUGGAGCCCAAUCAUCCAGGCCAGUAGCUAACCAACAAUCACUAGGCUUCUCUCCCAUGCUGCCAUCAGCAGGACCUGAAUCCACACCUUCAUCAAUGGGAUCUCUACAGCCUGCUAUGCCCCAAAUGGCAAUGCGUCCACCACCCUCAAAUGCUGUACCGGGAUCUGCACCUAUGCCUUUCCCGACGCAAUCUUCAGGAUCACUUCCACAGCCUGGAAUGCCCAAUUCUUAUCCGGGUAAUGCUGCAAAUAUCGAUUCCAUAAGACCUGUUCCGGGGACAAUUCCAAGACCUCAGCAACCGAGUUCUGGUGAUUUUACUUUUCAGCCUCACCGCCCGCCCAGUGCAGUUUCUCAGGUUUGGCAUACCAAUCAAUCUGUUCCACAGAAUAUAAGACAUCCAGUUCAAGCAGGCCAGACAUCUUUACCACCUCACUCUCCACAUAUGAGGCCUAUGUUGAACAACAUGAAUCUGCAUGGUUUUCCAAGGCCUCCGGCUAGUCAUCAGAUGAAUCAACCUAGGCCACAUGCUCCUACCAACUUUGCUGGAAACUCUACAGUUCCCGUUCCACCUAGACAUCAGAUGAUGCCAGGUCAUAAUGCCGGAGUCCCAAAUAUGCCACCGAGGAACUUUGCUCCACAUCCUAUCAGUAACACUCUCGGUCCUUUUCCACCUAGGCUGGAAAACCAUCUUGCUCGCCCACCACGGUUCCCAACUCCACAUCAGCAUUUUGGAAACCCUCCAAGAAGGCCGUUUCCUAGCCAUCAAGUAUAUGAUCCUUUUGUUCCGACUGCUGCUCCUUUCAACUCUCAAAGUAGUAGUAAUGCAGCAAGGAUGCCCAGUGAGAGUGAUCCAGAGUAUGAGGACCUCAUGGCUUCUGUAGGAGUUAAAUGAGCUAUAUAUAGAGAGAUUAGUGAAUUGUUAUAUUUUAAGAUUUGUUUGUCUACAAAUCUUGUGAGAUUCUUUUGUACCGUCAUGGAUUUAGAGAAAAAAAAAACUAGGUUUUUGUAAUUGCAGGUUCUGUAUUGUUGACAGUUUAACACAAGCUGCAUAGAAAAAGAAAAGAGUAUACAACAAAUAUGCUCGUGCUCGUUUAUUUUAA